AACAACAUUAGUCAUCUCAUCUGGAAUACGCCCUGUCUAAAGUUAGAGUCAACGCCCAGACGCAAUAAAACAUAAAGAGAAGCAUGAAUGUGUAAGACGGACCACCUCUACAGCUCGUAGUUUUUCUCUGCGCUAGGUACAGAGAGCAUCAUGGAUGAAUUGCUGAGUAGGCUCGGGUCGCUGACCUCAGACCAACUGCGGCAGGAGGUCAUCGAGGCGGGGUUGAAUUGCGGCCCCAUCACCGCCACCACCCGGGCGAUCUUCGAGAGGAAGCUGGCCCGCACCCUCCUGGAGACAGAAGAGGAUGUCCUCGGACGGUCCUCCUCCUCUGAUGGAGAACUAGCAGGUGGAGGGCAGGGAGGGAACCUGGACAACAGACCUGAUCUGACAUCUGACGGGAAAGAAGCUCACCCUUCUGAAGAGGCACAGGAAGUGAGUGUGCCAGAUUCUCCGCCUGUGUACUAUGGAGUGUGUCCUCCUAAGGAGGAGGCUUCGGGGAAGGAGGACAAAGUUAGAGUGUAUGUGGACAUGAAGAAAGCUCUGAGGGCCAUGAUUACUGUGAAAGGGGCCCGGUUCAAGGCCUUCUCAACGAGAGAAGAAGCAGAGACGUUUGCAAAGGGCAGCAGUGGACAAAUCUCAGCCCAGCCCACCAUCAGCACACUAGACGGGCCACAGACAGGGGCUUGGGGACCUGUAACAUCCACAGGCGGUGCUGUCUCUGGGGGAGGUUCUACGGGGAACCUGGAACGUGCUAAUGAGUUCCGCAGCCCCAGGACCCAGGACCUGACUGCAAAGCUGAGGAAGGCUGUGGAGCAGGGUGACCAGGAUGCCUUCAGGACCCUGGUCUGGUCCAACCCACGAUACCUCAUCGGUUCUGGAGACAACCCCACUAUCGUUCAUGAAGGAUGUCAUUACAACGCUCUUCACGUGGCAGCCAAAGAGAACCAGGCUGGAAUAGCACAGCUACUCCUGGACACCCUGGAGAACCCAGACUUCAUGAGGCUCAUGUACCCUGAUGACCAGGAACACAUGCUGCAGGAACGCAUCCACUACAUUGUAGACCUGUACCUCAACACUCCGGACAAGGCCAGCAAUGAAACCCCUCUACACUACGCCUGUAAGUUCGGCUGCCCAGAUGUGGUUAACGUUCUGUGUUCUCAUCCUGCCACCGAUAAACACCGCAAAAACAAGUACAACCAGAAGCCCCCCAGUGUUAUAUGUGAAAGGAAAAAUAAAUCCCCUGAAAUAAGGAAACAAAUCAGAGAUUAUUUGGAGGACAGGUGCUAUGUCCCUCUGCUGAGAGACACAGACAACAGCUUCCAGCCUGUGAUUGGCUUGCCAUGGUCACCUGACCCACAGGGGGGCGAUUUUCAUUUGUUGAACUGUGGGGAAGCAGGAAGUCCCAUAGACCCAGUCAUGACCGUAAAGGCCUAUGUGGGCCCCCUCAGUCCCUCAAAGGCAGAAGAGUUUUACAAACUGUGGAAAUCCCCAUCGAGAGAGCGAGCUAUGUAUUUCCAUGGCAUCCUCAAGUCAGACCCUGAUCGAGGUGUGGAGCGUGUGGGGAGGGAAAUCGCACAUGACAUGGGCCAUCCAUGGGCCGAAUACUGGGGCUUCCUGGACAGCUUUGUCGACCUCUCUUCCGAGGAGGGACUGGUGAGGCUGGAGGACUACCUGAAGAGGAAAGACGAUCACUGUCUGACCGGUGUCCAUGGCAACGACCCUCAAACGCCGGUGGCUGUAAUGGAUCCGAGCUGUCCGCCGACAGAGACGAGCUCGGUGUCCCCUGUGUGCAACCUGCUGCCAGAGUUUGAGAGAGCAAGCCUCCAUCGCGGCGCAACCGCAGACCAGAGAAGGGCCGUUGGGGCUGAAGAGCCUGCUCUCUCUGCGGCGGGGGAAGAAGGCUUGGACCUGGGUGACCGCAGCUUCUGGAGGACCUGGGGCAGGAACCAGGGGAGGGCGGAUGAGGAGCUGUCCAGCGCCUGUUCCGAGGAGUACCUAACAGCAGACGAGGGCUCGGAACGCUCGGGUUCCCUUGGAGACGUGUGGACGGACAGGAGAUGCUCCGAGUCUUCUUCUUCUUCGUCUUACAAGUCCACUGGAGAUACGUCUGUGAACACGGUCCUCACGGGAGACACUCCCACAACACAGACCGCUUUCAUCCAGGGACAAUCUCCUACCAAGUUGGACAGGGAUGUUCUAGACGCCGUGAAAGACCUAGUGAUUGAUCCUGAGAAAUACCCCUGUAUUACAAAGUGGAAGGAUAAUAUUCAAACAUAUCCCUCGUCACAGAGGCUGAGCUGGCCUAGCCCCACGAGAAGCUACAGGGAGACCCAGGAGUUCACUCCAAGCACACCCCGCUCCACAAGCCCUGGGCCUCACAGCCCCACACUAAACUCUUACACCCAGCACAUCCUCCGUAAGACCCUCUUCAGGUCACCUAACUGACCUGAUAAACCCAGCCAGGUGAUGAUCAUUCUGGGACUAAUCAGUUGGGGUCCGGGUGUAUUGGUUGAAGCGUUCUGCAGGUUAGAGAGAUAAUCUCAACACUAUUGACACAAAUAAUGACCACACAGUGCACAGAAUUUAUAGUGGAAAGAGGAAAAAAAAAAUGUAUAUAAAGCCAACAGGUGUUUUUUUAUUCCAUCGGGCAGACACUACAUCAUAGAUCUUGGACUGUCAUCUUAACAUGUGUUACUGUAGGAGUGGAUAUGUCUGAAUAAUAAGACAGAAUAUAUGAACAGAUAAGGCAAUAGAUGAUAAACUGAUUGUGAUCAACGUAAGCACAUAAGAGAUCCCUGAUUUCUUACACAGACAAUCAGGUGGAAUGUUACCGAAGCUUUCUAUAAAUACUGCUGCGUCAUUGUCGAGAAUAACAAAACGACUUGUGCUGACAUGGGUCAACAGUCCUCUAUUAAUAACUAUGCUGUCAGAUACCAGUUUCAAUGAUUAAUCUCAUGAAGCUGACUUUACCUGUUAAGAGUUUUAUAUUUUGCACUGUGGUUAAUUUGUUAUGGCUGUUGUAUGUAUGGACUACUCUACACACAGUAUCUAUUCACACCUAACUCAGCACUUUUGCAUGUUUGCAUUGCUUCAGGCUACAUUAUAAUGGAGCAUCGGGUUAUUGGAUUUUUUACAGAAUUAUGUAAACUGCUUGGGAAUGAAUUAAAGCACUAGUGCAAUACUUUUAUA